AUGAAAGUGUCAUCCUGUCAGUUCAGUGACUGGUUUGAAUAGCUCAUAUCUGCCACUCAUUGAUGCUAUGCGUGCUCACUGUCCUGAGAGAUGACAAAACACUACACCCUUUAGGAUCUUUUUCCCCUCUCUCUAAAGCAGCAUUUCACAUCUGUGUCUGACAGAAGCAUGAGAAGCUGAGAGAGGCAGACCUUCAUCAUCCUUCACAGAAUAAUGUUGCAUGGAUUAAAAGUUAAGAUCUGAUGUCUACUGAUCCUGCAUAUUUCCUACAAAAAUCUAAAAUGUGGAGGCUACCAAAAUGUGAAGGGAAAUAACUUUUCAGUGUUGGAAUAGCACCAGAAAACAGAUGGAAUUCACUGGAGAGAAAAUAUUUAAAUUAUUUUUUUAGAUGGGUGCUGAAUACUUGAGUUGACUGGGGUCGGUGCAUUUGCCUUUUUUUUUAAUAUGUUUUUUGGUUGGGAGGGAAAGAUGCAAAGUUCACAGGUCCUUUCUGUUACCUGAUCAGGGCAGAAUUAACAAAAAAAUCCUGAAUGUAGAAGAACUCAGAUACUGAAGAUACCUGGAAAUAAACUGAAAACAACCAAUAUGACAAGAGCAAAGCAGCAGUGAACAAGAAGACGCUGUGAAAAAGAAAUCACAAGACGAGAGUGCACAAUGCAUUUCAAAUAGAAAAAAGCUUCCUAUCUGCUGAGUGAGUCUCAGUAUAUUCUGACAGAGCACAGACAAAGCUUCAAUCAAGUAUCUCCUAGCUAUCUCCACAAGGAUGCUUCUGAUUACAGAAAGCAGUAUGCAGCAGUGCUAAGGUCCUGAUGACAAUACACCAAGGACAAGAAUGGAAGUCAAUUUAUUCAGCAAUUCUACUGUUGUAAACAGUUCAUCCAUCAACCAUAAGCAGUUAGAAGGGCAUAGCCUCUGGGAAGUCAUUACUAUUGCCACUGUAACUGCAAUUGUAAGUUUAAUAACCAUAGUGGGAAAUAUUCUUGUAAUGAUAUCCUUUAAGGUUAACAGUCAGCUCAAAACUGUCAACAAUUAUUACUUGCUCAGCCUUGCCUGUGCAGAUCUCAUCAUUGGGAUAUUUUCCAUGAACCUUUAUACCUCCUAUAUACUCAUAGGCCAUUGGACUCUUGGAAGCCUCGCCUGUGACCUGUGGCUAGCACUGGACUAUGUAGCUAGCAAUGCCUCAGUAAUGAACCUCCUAGUCAUCAGUUUUGACAGAUAUUUUUCCAUCACAAGGCCUUUAACUUACAGGGCCAAACGCACACCCAAAAGAGCUGGCAUCAUGAUUGGUAUGGCUUGGCUCAUUUCCUUCAUGUUGUGGGCACCUGUAAUCUUGUGCUGGCAGUAUUUUGUGGGUGAACGAACAGUGCCACCUGAUGAGUGCCAGAUACAGUUUCUGUAUGAACCCAUUAUUACCUUUGGUACUGCAAUUGCUGCUUUUUACAUUCCAGUGUCUGUGAUGACCAUUCUGUACUGCCGUAUUUAUAAAGAGACCGAGAAACGCACCAAGGACCUCGCUGAGCUGCAGGGCUCAGAGUCUGUGGCAGAGUAUGAGACAAUAAAGCCUCAGAAAACUCUCCUGAAGUCUUGCUUCAGUUGCAAGCAACAAAACUUAGUCAAAAGAGAGAGGUGUCAGGCUUCUUGGUCUUCAUCUAGCCGAAGUACGUCAGCUACAGCGAAGGCCUCCCAGGCAGCGAGUGCUUGUAUGGACUGGGCCAAGGCUGACCAGUUGACCACCUGCAGCAGCUACGCGUCGUCAGAAGACGAGGAUAAACUUGCCACUGACUCAGUUUUCCAAGUAACUUACAAAAGUCCAUCUAAAAGUAAGGCAGAAGAGUAUAAUGAGACUACAGAUGUUGUUGUCAAAGACCAACCUGAAGAAAGGGAUUUUGAGAACCAGAAAUACUUUUUGUCACCUACCAAAGAACACGCACAAAAAAGUAAAAAAUGUGUGGCCUAUAAAUUCCGUUUGGUGGUUAAGGCUGAUGGCACUCAGGAAGCCAACAAUGGUUGCCGAAAAGUAAAAAUAACUCCUGCUGCUCUGUCAAAGGACCCUUCCAUCAAAAGCAUGGAUCCAAAUAUAAAUAACCAAAUCACCAAAAGGAAACGGAUGGUUCUUAUAAAGGAACGCAAAGCAGCACAGACUUUAAGUGCCAUUCUUUUGGCUUUUAUCAUCACAUGGACUCCCUACAAUAUCAUGGUUUUGAUCUCCACAUUUUGCUCUGACUGCAUCCCCCUAACACUGUGGCACCUUGGAUAUUGGUUAUGCUAUGUGAACAGCACUGUUAACCCCAUUUGUUAUGCCCUCUGUAAUAAAACUUUCAGGAAGACUUUUAAGAUGCUGCUUUUCUGCCAGUGGAAAAAGAAAAAAGUGGAAGAGAAACUAUACUGGCAGGGCAAUACCAGACUGCCAUAAUCAUUCUUAUAUAAGAAAUAAGGAGAAAUAUAGAUAUUGAUGUAACCUAACAAAUUCUGUAUUUUCAAAGCCAUUGCUGUUGUGUCUAGUGGUUAAAAACUCUGCUGAAAAGUUAAACUUUGCAUGAAGGUAGUGUGCUUGGGAUAAAAAUGUCAGCAGCUGCUAUGAGCAACAAAGGUUGUUUUUGACUAUGCAGUAGAAUUGCAUUACAAUUAUUGUGUUUGGUGUCCUUUCUUUCAGUCCGAGAAUAGGUGGACUAAACUAUAAACUACUAGAAAUUAGACGGGGAUGAUCAUCCAGUCAUCAGGUUAGGUCAUUCAGGCUGUCUCCCUGUAGAGCAGAACUGUUUCUUUCUAUAGUUCUUUGCUAGUGUAUUGUUUAUGUAGUUUUCAGUGUUCCAAGCAAUGCAGCCUGUGCUACCUCUGUUUUGAGGCUUUACCAUCAGCUGUUGAGAUGAAACAAGGACUAUCUAAAGGGUAAACGCUGUCAUCCCCAAUUCUUAGUGGUUAGGGAGAUUCAUAAUACUCCAAGUGAACACACAUAUUAUAGGACAAUAUAUAACUGAGAAAAUGUCCACUUUAAGGAUGACUCUUGUGGAGACUUAGGAAGGGCUUAUAGUAGAAAGGCUUAUAGUGAAGAAAUAGAUAAUGCAUUUUGUACAUGAAGGAGCCAGUCCCAAUAUAAUUUCCAUCCUGCAAGUCGCUGUCAUUUGUAAAAAUGGUGAUACCUCCAAAUUUCUCCAGUUCCCAGUACCUCUGAAGGAAAUUAUAAAAUAUUAUUCACAGUGACAAUGGUACAAAUCAGAACUGACUGUACAGCAUAAUGGACACAGUCUGUCUACAACAGAAGGAAAGUCUUUUUUGCAACCUCCUUUGUUGUGCUACACCUUGCUUUGAAAGUUUCCAUAACAUUUACCUAUAUAUAAACAGUGAGAGAACGGGCAUCCUGUAAAGAGGAAAGAUUUUUUAAGCAACUUUUUAAUGUUUCUGUAACACUAUUAGAAACACUUCGAAUUCUUUGUUGUUAGAUAGCUUUACAAGUACUAGUCAGGCGCUAUCUUCAGGCAGUCUCUUUGGUCCAGCAAAACCACAUCUGCUACAGAUGUGGCUGAAGGCAACACCCCUGGUGGCUGUGGCUGCUGGGACUGGGUUGUACUGACCUAGUUACGAGCUGAGACUGAACACUGGCUGAGAUUUGAGAGGGCUUUUGGUGCCAGAGCUGAGCUGCCUGUGCCUUCCUGAUGUCUGUGCUAGAUUGGCCGGAGCCCUGCAGCACUGACCAAGUGAGUGGGUAAGCAAGGGGCUGCCUUCAGCAGAAGGCCUUUGGAACAGAGCUGGUGACCUCCUUGUGGUGGGAACAAACAAGAAGCUUCAGAAAAGGUCCUGCAAAAACAAAGUUAACAGCAACAGGAGUCAUGAGGUGUGGAAGUACUAAAGAAAAAUGUUUAUGAGGGAAUGAGAAAGAUCUUCAUGUACAAAAAGGUCAAAUUCAGUUCUAGCCUUUCUUGCAAAAUUCUGAAUGAGAAACUUUGGAAUAUUAGUUUGAGACAAUCUUCAUAUUAUAUCUACUGUACACUUUAGCAGGACAUUGCAGUGGUGACUUUACCCAGGUGCACAUUUCAGGGAUUGUAGAAGUCAUCGUGAAUGUACCACUGCUCUCAGUGAAAUUGUUUAUGUAACCUAUUAAAUUAUCAUAGCAUUAGAAUGUUCUCCUACAGAUAGAUAAAUCCUCCGUGUCAACAAUGACAGUACAAAUGAUUAAUAUUUUUUUAGCCCCAGUGUCCACAGGGGAAAAUUUUGUCAGUGAAAGAUUAGCAGUGUACUAAUGCAAAAUAUGUUCUCUAAGCCCCAUGGUUAAUUUGUAGCACACCAUACUGGGCCUAUUAUGUUUUGUGCAUUAGCAUAUGGUUACUUAUGAAAGGAAAGCAGAGGUCUUUAUAAAAACUCUUUCAUCAGCUUUGUUCUGUCACUAUCCAGAGCUUUUCCUGUGUACAGUAACUAUGUACAAAUUGGUUAUUAGAGUGGGUUUAUUUUAUAUUACAUCAGACCAGUCAUUCAGUAAACUAUGUUUGAUUUUUAGCAAAUGAAUGUGUCUCUCUGGGGGCACAAGCUGUAGUUAAAGGCAAAAUUUAUGAGGUAGUAACAGUUCCUGCUAGCUGCACUGUUAUUGCUGAAAUGAAGCAUUGUCUCUUGCUGGAAUUAAAUGGAGUAUUUUAAUUUUUUUUUGUUUUUGAAGUCUGUUGAUCAAGAAUGAUCUGUAAAUGUUUAUGGACUCUGCUCAGUAAAUGUAUUAGAAUAUACAGUGAUGGAUGCAACAGUGUUGGUUCAAUGUAAUUGUGAAAUAUGUGCACAAAUUAUGCUGCUAGCACCUAACCAUGUGAGGGAUUACAUGGCCACACAUGAGUACAUUGUAAAUAUCAAGAAUUGUCUAAAGAGGUGUAUGUUACUUUAUUGUUAUGUAGGAUGCUUAUUCUUAAAAAACAUCAAAACCUCAAAAAGACAAAUGUGGUCCUCAUCAGAGUAUCAGUUAGUACUUGAUUGCACUUUGUAUCUUUUAAAAAAUGUUGUGGAAUUUCUGCAGUGUAGGAAAAUCUUGUUAUCUUGUUAUCUGUCCUUUUAAUGACAUUUUUACUGAUCCUGUGUAUGUGAUUGUUGUCAUGGACUAAUGAAAUGCUUUUUGUAAAACUACAUUUUGGUUUUACAUAAUUUCAUACACAUACAUAUAUAUAGAUAUGUAUGUAUUGUCAAUAUAGAUGCUUAAAUACACAUCCCUAACUAAG